AGCCAACAUCGAGUUAACAAUUUCACUUCUUGGCGUUCACAUCGAGCUGCAAACAGUUAACAGUCAACAGGCAGAACACUUUGAGAGGAUCCACAAUCGGUUCAUAGUAUCUCGCAAUUUCAUUGUUGUUUGCAGUUCCAUAAAUUAAACAAUUACGCGAUAUAAAUCAACGAUUGGCGCCGCACUUAUUGCCAAAUUUUUGCCAACGCUAUUUGCUUAGCCAAAUCACUUCUAUUCUUGUGCUGAAAGCGUUCUAGCUCAAUCUCAAAAUCAAGAUGAUGAAAAUUGAGCAGGUUUUGUUGUGCUAUGGUCUCCUUUUCACCAUGUUCUUUGCCCUGAGCGAGGCACGACCGUCCGGCAAUGAUGCAGCUACCGAUACUGAUGCCUUGGAACAACAGGAUGUGGAGGAUGUGCGUGGAGGCUAUGCUGGCUAUGAAAUGCCUGCCCAGGCUAUUUAUCCCAAUAUACCCAUGGAUCGUUUGCAGAUGCUCUACGCGCAAUACAGGCCAACGUACAGUGCCUAUAUGCAUACACCUUCCUAUGGCAACAUGAAUGAGCUUUACCGUUUGCCGGAGAGCAAGCGUCAAGUAAGAUACCGACAAUGCUACUUCAAUCCUAUCUCUUGCUUUAGGAAGUAAAUUCCUAGAUUUCGAGAUGAAAAUCCACCAACAAUAAAUAACCAAGCAGCCCUUGAUAAAAUUAACAUUUCAAACAUUUCGCUAAAGAGAAACUAAAAUCUAGCAUGAAUCUUAAAUGCAAAUAUUUAGUAAAUUUUACUAAUGUUAAGACUCAAACUAUAUAAAUGUCUACUAAACAACAAAAUUGCUUCAUUGUAUUUAAAA